AUUAGCCAACUCGGCUUUGCCAUAUUUACCCAUUUCUUUAUUUUUGCCUUCUCUUUCCUCUGCCCAUUUGCUCCAGGAAGGAAAAAGUUUUCAAACCCUUUUAGCCUCGACAGCUACAUGGAUCUUUGAGGCUAUCUCUCUCUCUAAUAUACUGCGAAACAAGGAAAAGGUUUCUGGGGAUUUCGGGAAAUCUUUUCUUUGGCGAACUUUUUUUUUUUUUGUUAAUUCAAAGAAAAAAGAUGGGUACAGGGGAAGUUUUAAAUUCCGGUUCUUGGAAUCAAAAUGUGAGCAAUAACAAUGAAGUCGAUGUGAUUUUGAAUGUCUAUGAUCUCACUCCUCUUAAUAAUUACUCCUAUUGGGUUGGUUUCGGGAUUUUCCACUCCGGUAUUGAAGUUCAUGGUAAAGAGUAUGGGUUUGGGGCCCAUGAUUUUCCGGUUAGUGGAGUUUUUGAAGUGGAGCCAAAGAGCUGCCCGGGUUUUAUCUAUCGAUGUUCCAUCUCGUUGGGACGUGUAAGCAUGCCUUUCUCUGAAUUUAGAGCAUUUAUUGAGAGUGUAGCUUCUGAGUAUCAUGGAGAUACCUACCAUCUUAUCUCGAAGAACUGUAACCACUUUACAGACGACAUGUCACAUAGAUUGACAGGCAAAAAUAUCCCUGGAUGGGUUAACCGGCUGGCUCGGCUAGGUGCUCUAUGCAGCUGUCUGCUUCCUGAAAACCUUCAAGUAACUACAGUGAAGCAGUUGCCUGAAUACCAUGACAUGGAAGAUGGAACUGAAUCUCUCUCAACUGCCACCCCCCGCGAUUCAACAGAAAUUGAUGAUACAGAGCAAGAGAAGCACUUGCUGUCACCGAAAGAUGGCAAUUUGGAUGUAGCAUUUGUUAAAGAAGCCCAAAAGUAAAUGCAAGAUAACCUUCGAAGAGGGGUUUUUAUGGCAGCCUUCAUCAAGAAUACUUGCUUUGAAGGGAAGAACCAAGUUGGAAACAGAGAUGAAGAGCUUGCAUGCAUGACUUUCAUUUGAAUGUUGUAAUUGUUUUCCCAUAUUCUUUCAAAUUUUUUGGUGUCUUCAUUUUUUUAUCCUGUUUAUUUAUUUAAGCAGUAGAAUUUCGAACUAGAAAAAUAGUUUGUGAUUGAUGCUUUGUAUGAGUGGUUACAUGGAACUUUUGGAAGCCAAAUGGCAUUGCAGAUGAUUUAUUGUGA